CAUUAACACUGAAUCAAUGCUUAAAUACAAGAGUACACAUUCAGACACAAACAUUCAAAGGACUGUCCAACACUUCACCAUGAAGGCUUUAGCUGUUCUGUGUGUAAUGCUAUGCAUUCUUUAUCAAACUAAUGGAAUAAGCAUAAAGGACCACAUGCAAGGGUCCUCACGGAAGGAACGGGACACUAAUGCCCCACCACCAGUGAACUGCAAAAUGGGUAAUUGGUCCGAGUGGACUCCCUGUGACCCAUGCACUAAAACCAUGUAUCGCUCUAGGGGUGUUGAGACGUUUGGGCAGUUUGCAGGAUUAAAGUGCAUAGAACCCAUUGGAGAUCGCAAACCCUGUAACCCUUCUUCUGAUUGUCGUAUGGACCCUCCACCUGUCUGCAAAAGUUCUGAAUGGCAGUGUGAAUCAGGGGUGUGUAUUAACAAAAAUCUGAAGUGUAAUGGAGAUUACGACUGCGGCGAGUCUGAUAUGUCCGAUGAGGACGAAUGUGAAGUCACCAGGCCACCUUGUGGCAAGUCAAUUGUAGUUGAGUCCUACAUAGCCAUGCAGGCUGGAUAUGGAAUAAAUAUUCUGGGAUCUGGACCUCGAAUGAAUCCCUUCAAUAACAAAGUCUACAAAGGCCAAUGCAAUCGCGUCAGGGAGCCAUCUACAAUGGAAUUUAACAGAAUACCCUGGAACAUUGGGGUUCUCAACUAUGAGACAAAAGUGGAAGAGACCAUUUCUAGGGAAAUGUAUGAAGACAUUCAUUCUUUAAUAAGAGAGAUAACUACUGACUCUACAACAACUUUUAACAUGGGCCUAAACUUCAAAUUUACACCAACUGAGCCCUCCAGUCAGUCUGAAGGUGGUGCUGGUGCUAAAGGUUCAGGUGGGGGCGUAAGCCUAGGUGAACUCUCAGGAGGGAUUGAUGUUAACACGGAAAACAGAAAUAUGAUCAAACAGAUCUCAGAAAUCACAAAUACGAAGAAAAAGGUCUUCAUGAGAGUAAAGGGCAAAGUGCAACUGGCCACGUACAGGAUGAGGCAGCGGCUAUUGGAGGUUUCUUCAUUGUUCCUAGAUGAUGUGGACGCACUGCCCAACCAAUAUGAGAAGGGGCAGUAUUUUGCCUUCCUGGAGGAUUAUGGAACACACUUCACGAAGAAUGGAAGGUCUGGUGGAGAAUAUGAACUUGUUUACGUAAUGAAUCACGAUGAGUUGAAAAAAAAAGAGAGUGCCGAAACCCUGCUGAAGAAAUGUGUCGAAGUUGACUUGAAAGCUGGCUUUCAGCUGGGACAACCCAACUUAGGAGGAGGAGGAAACAUUAAGCCAAAAGACUGUAAUGAACUUAUAACCAAGCCCACAGAUGAUGUGACCAAAAAAGGGAUCGUUGAAAAGGUGCUAAUCUCAGUAAAAGGAGGCAGUACGGAAUCGGCGGCAGCCAUGAGGUCUCAUCUUGCUCAAGAGGGACGGCUAGACUUUACUCACUAUAUACAAUGGGCAAAGACCAUCUCUGAUCUUCCUGCUCUUGUUUACAGUGAUCCUGAACCGAUCUACAACGCAAUCCCUUUGGACUUUCCCGAUGCUCAGCCGAGGCGGGACAAUCUCCGAAGGGCCCUGGAUGACUAUGUUGCUGAGUACAGUGUGUGUAAGUGUCAGCCGUGCCAAAACGGCGGCACUGUUAUCCAGAUCGAUGGAGAAUGUAAAUGCAUGUGCGUAGUAGGGACUGAGGGGGUCGCGUGUCAGACGAUUGAUGGGGAUCUAGGAAAAGGUAAGACAUUUGAACAGCUGGGGAACUGGGGCUGCUGGUCUGCCUGGUCUGCAUGCUCAGGAGGACAUCGCACACGCACGCGUACCUGUAAUACACAGGGUGUCCCAAAUUCACAUUGCAAAGGGGAUACAAAGAGUGAAGACUACUGUUAAAAAAUUGUACAAAAGUCUUUAUGUGCAAAUGAAGAAAAUCCUUAUUAAAAGAAUGCAUUAAACGCUUAUUUUAAACAAUA